CUUAACUGAGGCUGCGCAAAGCAACGAGCUCCACCGCCUGCUCUCUGUGUGCAAACGGGGAACAAACUGAGAUCUUCACUGUUUUUAAUGGAAACUACAUUUAGUUUCUGUUGAUAAAUCAGCCCGAGAGGAGGAAGGAGAAAAGAAGGAGAAGGAGAGGAAGAGCUCUAGAGGAGAAGGAGACACAGAGGAGAAUAGGAGGAGGACUGGGUGGAAAAGGGGGAAAAAAAUCGGGACAGUGUAAAAUGCUGCAGAUUUGACUCAAAGAUGUCCAACGUCAAUAUGGAAGCAACCACCAUCCUCCCCAUCCUCAAGAAGAAACUGGCCUUUCUGUCGGGGGGGAAGGACCGUCGUAGUGGUCUGAUCCUGACCAUCCCACUCUGCUCAGAUCAGACCAGCAUGGAGGAGCUCAGCGCCACUCUCGACUACCUGCUCAGCAUCCCCAGUGAGAAGUGCAAGGCUCGAGGCUUCACCGUCAUCGUGGACGGACGGAAGUCUCAGUGGAACAUUGUGAAGACUGUGGUUCUCAUGUUGCAGAAUGUGAUCCCAGCUGAGGUGUCGCUGGUCUGCGUUGUGAAGCCAGAUGAAUUCUGGGACAAGAAGGUCACGCAUUUCUGCUUCUGGAAGGAGAAGGACCGUCUGGGCUUUGAGGUGAUCCUGGUUUCGGCCAAUAAACUGACCCGUUACAUCGAACCCUGUCAGCUGACCGACGACUUCGGGGGAAGUCUGGACUACGACCACAGCGACUGGCUCAACAAGAGACUGGUUUUUGAGAAGUUCACAAAAGAGUCGACGUCACUGCUGGACGAGCUGUCAAUUAUCAACGACGGCGACAAGAGCAGCUCGGUGGACAAGGACAAAUCAGCUGACUGCGCCCUCUUGCCGUCCUUUGACCCUGAGACUGUCCUUCAGACUGGUCAUGAGCUGCUGUCGGAGCUGCAGCAGCGUCGCUUUAACGGCUCGGAGGGGGGAGGCGGAGGAGGAGGGGGAGGACAGGGAGGUCCAGCCUGGUGCCCCAUGGAGGAGGAGCUGCUGGCUCAGCCUCAGGUCAUGAAGCUGCUGGACUCGCUCAGGGAGCAGUACACCAAAUACCAGGAGGUCUGCAGGCAGCGAAACAAGCGCACCCAGCUGGACGAGAUCCACGCCAAAGUCAUGCAGGUGGUGACGUGGCUGCAGGGUCCUGGUUCAGAGCUGUUGAAGACCCACCAAGCUAUCGGAGACUCGAUGCGGGCGGCUCAGGCCCUGCAGCAGAAACACGAGGAGAUCGAGAGCCAGCACAGUGAGUGGUUUGCUGUGUACGUGGAGUUGAACCAGCAGAUCGCUGCCUUGCUCAGUGCCGGGGAGGAGGAGGAGGUUCUGGAGCUGAAGGCGCUGCAGCAGCAGCUGAGUGACGUCUGCUACCGUCAGGCGGCUCAGCUGGAGAGCCGACAGAACGUCCUUCAGGCGGCACAGAGCUUCCACAACACCACACAGGAGCUGUCCCAGCAGCUGGACGGUCUACUGGGCAUGCUCUGCGCCGACGUGGCUCCAGCCGACGGAGCGUCGAUUCAACAAAACCUCAAACUGCUGGAGGAGAAGCUGCAGUCUGUCGAAGCCGGUCUGACCUCCCUGCGUCAGAAGGGGGGGUCGCUGCUGGAGCAGAUGUGCAGCCAGCCCUCGUGGCCUCUGGAGGAAACCGAGAGUCCGGCCGGAGAGCAGCAGGACAAUGUUCAGCAAAUCCAGUCUGUAAUGGAGGAGAUGCAGCUCCGCAAGCAGAGGUGUGAGGACAUGGUGGACGUGAGGAGGCUGAAGAUGCUCCAGAUGGUCCAGCUGUUCAAAUGUGAAGAAGAUGCUUUACAGUCCGUAGAGUGGCUCGGUGAACUGCUGGACGCCUUGUUGAAGACUCACGUCAGGCUGGGCGACGACUCGCAGGAGACCAGGACCAUGUUGGACAAGCACAGGAAGUUUGUGGAUGUAGCUCAGAGCACCUACGAUUACGGCCGCCAGCUGCUGCAGGCGACCGUCGUCCUCUGCCAGUCUCUUCGCUGCACGACGCGCUCGUCCGGAGACACUCUGCCGCGGCUCAACCGAGUCUGGAAACAGUUCAGCGUCAGCGCCGAGGAGAGGCAGCAGAGACUGGAGUUGGCUCUGAACUUCCACACGUCUGCUGAGAAGGUGUUACAGCAGGAAUGUGUGGAGGCGGAGUCUCUGGAUGAAGUUGACACUUCAGGAAGGACUCUUCUGGACAGACUGACCGUGCCUAUUAUCUUCCCUGAUGGGAGCGAGCAGUACUUUGGGAGUCCCAGCGACACGGCAGCAGCAGCGGAGGGAGUCCGAGAGCGCCUCCUGCUGGUAGAAGAGCGACGACUGCAGCUUCAGGAGGCGAGGCUUCAUAACGACGACCAAGAGGAGGGAGUGAUGAACGGGCAGGAGGGACGGCUAGAUGUAAUCGGAGAGGAACUGAGUGAAAAAGAGGAGCAAGAAGAGGAGGAGGAGGUGGAACAUGAGGAGAAAGACGGCGACGCAGAGCGCCGUGAUGAAGGUUUAGAUAGGGCGACGCAGGACUGUUAAUGGAUCGCUGGUGAGGUUAAACUGAGCAGCCUUAACGAAGCUCGGCAACGAAGGGCUGCUGAUUCAUUUGCAGAGUUCUCCCUGAGCGAGGAACCGUUGCUUCUGCCUAAACUGCAGCAGUAGGUUUUUCUUACUGCAAUACCCAUCAGCCUCGGUUCUCAACCCUUCCCUGCAAGAGGAAAUUUACAUUUAGGAUGCAAGUUUUUUCCAUCAUGCACUGUCUGUGAAAGCUGUCAGCUCUGGACGAAGCAGCCUCAUGUAGUUUUUUUUUUUCCUCAGCGGUUCAACAGAUGAAAAAUACUGGAAUUAUUUACCUGAAUAACAAAUCUUCACAUUUCUGGAAGCUCUGUUGAAGAUGAUGGACUGUAAAAUAGUUACCGUUGGAUUCUCCUAACGUACGUCCGAUACUUUCACAACCUCCCUUCUUGUCAUCAACUUUCAGCAAAGUGGGAAGGACUUCCAUGGAGUUUCAAUCCCCAGAACAAACCUUCUGACAGAAAUCCCUCUAUUGCAGCAUGUGGGAGAAGAGUCACCAACAAGUCCCAAAGAACAUCAGGAAACUAGUGAAAAAUCACAUUCAGUCACCUUAAAGAACCAAGUUUUAAGAAUUAGAGAUUUAUUUAAGAUCUACUGCAUUGGUAGAAAUGGAACAUGAUAUUAAUAACAUGUUUUUAUCUGUGUAUAUUCACCUGUAACUAUGAAUUGUAGUAUUUUUCCUCAUUCCUCAUCUUUAUAGGAACAGUAGCCCAGAAUGGACAAACCAAAUAUUUACCUAUUGACAUUUUUACAGUUAAUGGAGGAGCAUUAAUUGGGUGCAAUUUAUAACCUCACCACUAGAUGUCUCUCUAAUUCCCAUAUACUGGUUCUUUAAGGUAAACCAUUUAUAUUAUUUUUGUUUUAAAGUAAUUCCUAGCCCCAUGUAAGUGGUAUUAAACUAUGCUAGCUUAGCUUUAGCAAAAUGAUGCAUGACUUUGGCUCCACGUCUGCUUUAGGACAAAACAUGUCCAACUACAAUCUGCAGAAGACGUCCAUUAAACGAAAGGCCAGCCCCCUGUCCUUUAAAACAAUGUGCCAAUAAUUCAAGCUAAAUAUUGUGUAUGGGAGUUUUGGAAUUAAGUUUUAUGUUAUUGCAUUGUUCAAAAAAUAAAAUAGGAAGAUAAGAGUUCUGCAUAUUUGUGGAAAUAUUUUUCACCGAGACACACUAUCAGGUGUAUUGUAAGAUCAUGUCUCACAAUAAUGCCAUUUAAAGCAGAGUCAACAAACAAAUUUCACCCUAAAUGUAAAUUUGAGUGGUUCUUAUAAUUUCCUUCGUUAAUGUCUUCCAUUUCUUAAAAAAAAAAAAAAAUGGCUUCAGUGUGUCUUAAACGUCUGUCAUCUUCAUUUAAUUAUCAGUUUCCUGUUGAAAUUGUCUCUGGGACACCUCAGUAAUAUGUAGAAGCAAAUGUCUUUCUUUCAAGGAGUUUGAGGCUCUGACCACAUCGCUGCUCUUAAGAAAUCCUGUGCUACCGUAACGGAAAUCAAACUCUCGCUGCUCGCCUGGGCCUCUGACUGCAGUCCAGUGUCCAAAUGAGGAACUUUUGAGACUUUGGUCAUUUGUAGGAUAUGGUGACAUGAGAAUAGGACAGAUACCUUUUUGUAUUUAUUUGACUUUUUCCAAGCAAACCUUUCUGUAAUUGGUUGGCAUUUUUUGACCAAUAACUGCUGCUGUAUGCGUAGCCGCUAAAUGCUUCCUGUCCUCUUCGUCAAAUGACAUCAAUGCAUCGUCGUUCUCUCAAUAAAGAAGCUUUGGAAGUUGC